AUGUUCUCCCAACACCAUCUCCCGUCCCCCCUCUCGGACCUCCCUUUGCUAAGGGAUCUCGAUGUCCCCCACUCUGCCAAAUCUUCUGUUGUGAAUCUGCCUGACCUUCCUUCCCUUUCUGCUCCUUGGACCCAUAGCCCAGUCUCUCAUUUGCACCCCAAGAGCACUCGUUCCCCUCACAUCGGCAGCUUACAAUCACAGAUCUUCACACCACCGGCAACGCAAUCAUGGUCAUGCCAACUGACACGGGACAACGCAACCGCUGAAGAUCUCCUUCGAUUCAAUAAUUCUGCCUUCAAAUUGCUCCUUGAAAAUCACAAAAAAUUGAAGACAACUUGCCUUGCACUGAAAGCAAAUUUGCAAGCAUCCAGGGACCUCCUCAACAAAAUGAUUCAGGCCCUGCCACAAGUGUACAGCCUCAUUACGGGGAGCGUGGCUGACACGCAUGUAUCACCACUCGCAUCUAUUAUCAACGUCGGUACAGCACCAAGCAAUCCUGCCUCCACAGAGCUUGACCUAGCCGCCUACAACAAUGCCACGGUCAAGGCCUACUAG